AUGGUGGACCUGUUCCUAAACCGAGCUCUGGUCGAGAACAACUGGGACCAGGAUGAACUCAACACAGAGCGUGAGAUCAUCGGGAUCCUCGAAAACCGCAUCCUGCUGCUGUUCUUUGGAUCAGCAGAGUGUGAAAAGUGCCGGGAGUUCCUGCCUGUUCUGAAUGACUUUUUUAAGCGACUGAAAGAUCCAGCAUACAUCGAGUACCCCAAAUUGCUUGCACUCGUCUACAUCAGCUUGGACCAAUCAGAGGCGCAGCAGGAGAGAGUCCUCAAGGAGUUGCACAAAAGGGUUCUGUUUUUGGCCUUUGACGACCCAUACAGGAGAGAACUGCAGGCCAUGUUUAAGGUGAAGGACGUACCAACAGUUGUGGUCCUUCGUCCCGACGGCUCCGUCCUCUCUCCAAACGGCGUGCAGGACAUCUGUCGUUACGGCUGCGACUGUUUCCGAGACUGGCAGGAAUCGGCUGAGGUCAUCGAGAGGAGCUUCAUGCUUAACGAGCAGUUCGAGAACCUAAACAUGCGCACCGCCACUGACCCCGUGAGGAGACUCAAGUACAAGACGGAGGACGACAAGAGGAAAAAGAGAUGGUGGAAAUUGUGGGGGAAGGGCAAAGGUGCAUAUGAGGAGGAGGAGGACGACGAGAAAGAUGGCACAUUUGAUGGAAACAGAAAGGAGGGAGAUAAAGGAAUAUGGAGGAAAAGAUGA